AUGGCCUGUGUGCAUUCAGGAGCUUCAGAUCUCCGCCCACCAGGCCCCUCGCAGGCCGUUUAUCGUGAAGAUUGCACCCAGUGCUUUGACUCCAUUGACGAUGACCUCGGGUUGAAUGUCUGCCUCCACUGCUUCAAUGGCGGCUGCGUUGGAGAUCGAGAUCACGCCUUGCUUCAUUUCAAACGCUAUGGUCAUUCACUAGCAUUGAAUAUUCGGAGAUCUCCAAAACAAGUUCUGCGUGACGAACCGCCGCCCAAAAUUUCCAAACUUGCCAUUGCUCCCGAAACAGAGGAAGAUCGAUAUGACCUAGUGACAUCUGUGGUGUGCUAUUCUUGCUCUCAACCAAAUGUGAAUAAAUCGAGUGGCAACCUACCUACCGUUAUUGAAGGAGUAAUGGCUGCGACCACUUUUUCGAGAAGAGAAGAAAUCAAAGCAUGGGAGCAGGAGUUCAUCCCAUGUGAACACACUCUGAAUCUUUCGCAAUAUGAUAAACAAAAUUCAGAGUCAACUGGUAUUUCUGCUCUAAUAAUGUCUGAGACGGAGUGGAGAGCUCACCUUUGUUCUCGUACAGAUUCAAGCCAGUGCUCAGCAUGCGACUUGAGGGAGAACUUGUGGCUUUGUUUGGAGUGUGGGAAUACUGCGUGUGGACGAAGUCAGUUCGGAGGGAGCCGAGGCAACUCCCAUGCCCUAGCCCAUGCUGAUGCAACUGCACAUGCCGUUGCUGUCAAGCUGGGCUCUAUCACGGCAGAGGGAUCUGCAGAUGUUUACUGCUAUAGGUGUAAUGAGGAGAGAACAGAUCCCGAUCUUGCUAAUCAUCUUGCUCAUUGGGGCAUAUACCUGGCCGGGCGCGAAAAGACCGAGAAAAGCUUGAUGGAAAUGCAGGUUGAGCACAAUUUACAAUGGGAUUUCUCUAUGACUACAGAGGAUGGCCAGGAAUUAUCCCCAGUCUUUGGACCUGGGCUUACUGGGCUCUCCAAUCUUGGAAACAGCUGCUACUUGUCCAGUAUUGUCCAAUGCAUCUUCUCUACGCAGUGCUUUCGGGAUCGGUAUUAUCGUCCUACCGAGGAACCGCCGUUGUGCGAAAGUCCGGCUCAGGACCUCGAAACGCAGUUGACAAAGCUGGCCGACGGUCUCCUCUCUGGGCGUUACUCCCGCCCCGAUUUGCGCGCACUCUCUCGUUCAGAAACAACAGGAACCUCUCACCAGAAGGGAUUGGCACCAAGCAUGUUCAAAUACCUUAUCGGACAAGGGCACAAAGAAUUUGCUACUAUGAGACAACAGGAUGCCUUUGAAUUUCUGCUUCACAUGUUCAAGUCGGUCAGCCUUUCGAAACAUAAAGAUGAUCAGGUCAAUCCCGUUCAACAUUUCCGGUUUCAUGUCGAGCAACGCCUCCAGUGCCUGAAAUGUAGGCGAGUCCGUUAUAAAGUGGAUGAGCAAGACAACAUCUCAGUGGCUGUACCUGCUCGUCGUAUUCCAGGUGAGGCAAAUCAGUUUGAAUCGGUGACUUUAACCGAGUGUCUGGACAUUUUCACAGCCGAAGAGGUUGUUGAGCUCAAUUGCCCUGCAUGUGACGGCCAUAGUGGUUUUUCCAAACGAUCUGCCUUCAAGACUCUACCUAAUGAAUUAGCUGUCAAUGCUCGUCGGUUUGAGUUGAUCAACUGGGUUCCUACCAAGUUGGAUAUUCCUGUGGCUGUUGGCGAUGAACCGCUAGACUUCUCAUCCUAUCUCUGUGGGCAGCAUGAUCCAAACGAGGAACUUCUACCGGAAGACGAUGAAACUGCCUCUUUUGUCGCCGAUCCUGCGGCUUUGGAUCAACUUUUGAGUAUGGGUUUCCCCGCUCCACGAUGCGAGAAGGCUCUUCAUGCAACUGGAAAUUGCGACGCUGAGGCUGCUAUGAAUUGGCUAUUUGCUCAUAUGGAUGACCCCAGUAUCGAUGAACCAUUGGUUUUGGGCCCACCAGCAAAGGAGUUGAGAGGCGAGCAAGAUGAAGCAAAAAUUAUCCAGCUGGGCGAAAUGGGCAUAGAGGCUCCUCGUGCUCGACGAGCUUUAGCUGAGACUGCCGGUGAUGUCAACCGAGCACUGGAUUGGGUAUUCACCCACCCUGAGGAGACAUUGACCGAGGAAGGUCACCUUGAGGGCGGCCUUGCCGUCGAACCGAGCUUUGUGGGCUCCGAUGAGUUGCCAGCCCGUUAUCAACUCCGAUCUGUUGUCUGUCAUAAAGGCACGUCUGUCCAUGCAGGACAUUACGUGUCAUUAAUUCGUAAGAAACUGCCCGGACAAGAUGCAUUGUCAUGGGUAAUGUUUAACGACGAAAAGGUUGUGGAGUUUGGGGAAGUUGAGGAUAUGAAGAAGACUGCCUAUAUGUAUUUCUUCACUCGUGUCUAG